UGUUUUUCCUUGUCUCCUUGUCUGGAAGGUUCCAGUGUCAGUUUGUUCAGAGAGUUGUCCUCCAGGAACUCGUAAAGUGUUGCAGAAAGGAAAACCAAUCUGCUGCUAUGACUGUAUACCAUGUCCUGAAGGAGAGAUCAGCAACAUGACAGAUUCUCCUGAUUGCAUCCCGUGUCCCAGAGAGUUCUGGCCAAAUCCAAAGAGAGAUGCUUGUUUCCCCAAACUUGUGGAGUUUCUUUCCUUCGAUGAAGUUCUGUCAAUCAUCCUGGCCACAUUCUCCAUCAGUGGAGCCUUUCUAGCCAUUAUUACUACAGUGAUUUUCUUCCAUCACAGAACAACUCCAAUUGUCAGAGCCAACAACUCUGAGCUGAGCUUCCUGCUGCUCUUCUCUCUGACUCUGUGUUUCUUAUGUUCAUUAACUUUCAUUGGAGCCCCCUCUGAGUGGUCCUGCAUGCUGCGGCACACAGCGUUUGGCAUCACAUUUGUUCUCUGUAUCUCCUGUGUUCUUGGCAAAACUAUAGUGGUUCUAAUGGCCUUUAAAGCUACACUUCCUGGUAGUAAUGCUAUGAAAUGGUUUGGACCUGUACAGCAAAGAUUGACUGUUGUGUCUGUAACCUUUAUUCAGGUUGUUAUAUGUAUCAUUUGGUUGGUUGUGAGUCCUCCCUUCCCAGUGAAAAAUCUGACCACCUACAAGGAGAAGAUCAUCCUGGAAUGUGCGUUAGGCUCUGCUGUUGGUUUCUGGGCUGUGCUCGGCUACAUCGGCCUGCUGGCUGUGUUUUGCUUUGUGUUAGCUGUUCUAGCUCGAAUACCUGAUAAUUUCAAGCCGGCCAAGAUGAUAACCUUCAGCAUGUUGAUAUUCUGUGCAGUCUGGAUCACCUUCAUCCCAGCUUAUGUCAGCUCUCCUGGGAAAUUUACUGUGGCUGUGGAGAUAUUUGCUAUUCUGGCCUCCACUUUUGGACUGAUACUGUGUAUAUUUGCUCCAAAGUGUUUCAUCAUUUUGUUUCAGCCAGAGAAAAACACCAAGAAAAGUUUGAUGAACAAAAAUUGAUAUAUAAUUGUCAAUGAUUUGGAUAGAAUUUUGUGUCUUUUCUAAUGGCGAAUGCAAUCGUCUCAAGCUUAUUACUUCUUUGUCCUUUUUGAAUAUUUACUAUCAAUACUAAUUAUUAUUGCACUCUUUUUCAGCUUGCACUUAAUUUUUAAAUAUCUUAAUUUAUGUGACUUAGUGAAAUACUUUCUCUCUGCUUAAAAUAAAAUGCAACACUACAGAAACUCAGACGGAUUUUACAUAUUUGUUUUCUGAUACCUUUUCUACGAUACUCCUGGGGACAGCAUCACAGACACUGGCAGAAUUUAGAUAUUGUUUUUUGCCUUCUUACACCUUCAAAGACACAUGGUUUAUAUCUUAGCUCUGCGUGUGCUUUACUGGAUUUUCUAUGUUUUUAGCAUGUUUGUUACACUUUGGUUUUGGUUUGAUUUGAAUCUUACCAAAAGAACAGGAAUUUCAUCAAAGAGGUCAGAGGUCACAUGUGGGGUACCCCAAGGUUCAAUCCUAGGACCCUUCUUUUUCAAUAUUUAUGUGCUCCCACUAGGUCAGGAAUCUUAUUUCCUUAUAGCAGGAAAUAAGAUUAGGUACCAUAACUAUGCAGAUGAAUCACAGCUCUACAUUACGAUGUCACCAGGUGA